AUGCCAACACUCACGUGCAGACGCAUCCUCUGGGUUAUCUUUGCCCGUUUAUGUACUCUGUUUAUUCCAAACCUAUUACUCUUACAUAUCGGCGGUCUAUCUACAGCAGCUUCACGACAGGCAUGGCGAGAGAAGGUGGCCAUCUGCUUUUUGUUUGUCGGCAUUACGGGUCUCUUUUUAUUCUGGAUCGAGUACAUUUCCACCCUCUUUUGCGACGUCGAUCACUACAUCCCUGCUACACACGUCUUUCGUAACGACUCCCGCUAUGUGGCGAUAAACGGCCAAGCAUUCGAGUUUGCAAAGUACCUGGAUGCAUCACCACCCACCAAUCAAAUAGCAGCACAAGCAACAAAGUAUGCAGGACACGACAUGUCGCCCAUGUUCCCUUCGUUUAUGAUGUUGGAUCGUCAUGGCAGACCAAGUUACAGCGAUAAUCGACUCGAAGCAUGCAUCAAUCAAGCAGGACGUACAGCACAGGCUGAUGCUUGGCUUGCAUACACUCUUUCUCAUGAUUCUGGUUACAAGGCAUCUCCCACUGGUGAAUUGAUUACAUGUCCUAUUCCCAACAAUACUCUCAAUACGGGUGCACCCUGCUAUCCAGGGGUGGAUCGUCAUGUUUUACCACUCAAAGGAGAUAUCGUCUAUGAUCUACCUACCAUCAACAAUUUCACGUCUUUGCCAUAUCAAGAUGAACCAGGAAAGGCAUUCGUCGUAUUGGACAACAAAGUCUUGGAUGUCACAAUGUAUCUCAAUGGAGCAACCAACAUUAUUGAAAUGUCGUCCAACAUUUAUUCACGAGCAUUUGCGCUGGAUCGCAUGUUUCUACCGCUUGAUGUGACGAUGAUGUUGUUUAUCAACGUGGGAACCGAUAUCACCGACAACUUUAGAGCCAACAUUACCAAUGCAGCAUUAUAUGAGGAAUGCGUAAAGAUGCUUUUCUUUCAUGGUGUGACCGAUGAUGAGGCUGAGCCUACAGGAUGCAAGAAUAUCAAUCCGGCAUUGUGGGCGACCAUGGGAGCAGGGUUGCUAUACUUUUUACUCAAAAUGAAUUUGGCACAUCUUUGUCGCUUGCGAUUCAUGCAGCGGUUUUUAUUUUCAUCCACCGACAUCUUGUCUCCAGGUCAACAACAACGACAGCCGCACACUGUACUCUUGGUACCAUGCUAUUCAGAGCCUAGUGAUAUCAUUCGGCAAACACUUGAAUCUCUUGCACGCACCAAUUAUGAUGACACCAAAAAGUUGUUGCUCUUUGUAUGUGAUGGAGUCACACGCAGCCGAUACGAUUCAAAGGAUACGCAUCAAUGUGUUCUUGAGUUGCUGGGAUACAGUGGAACAAUCGAUCCUAUUCCUCAACCUUAUGUGUCGCUUGGUCAACAUCAUCGACGUGUCAAUUACGCCAAAGUCUUUUCGGGCUUUUAUGAGACCGGUCGCAAUCGUGUGCCUUAUUUGGUGAUUGUGAAAACGGGCAAUACGAGAGAACAUGAUCAUGCUGGCAAUCGGGGUAAACGUGAUACAAUGGUGCUGGUGAUGAGUUUCCUUGAACGAUGCAUGAAUUUGGCCAACAACCGCAUGGCACCACUUGAAUAUGAAUUGUUCAAUCAAUGUUACAGCGUACUCGGCAUUGAUCCACGUGCUUUCAAAUACAUGCUUGUUAUCGAUGCUGACAUGCAGGUUCAGAGCGACCUUGUUCAAAAGCUUGUAUCUCGCCUUGAAAAGGAUCGUCGAAUGCUCGCCAUUAGUGGACAUGUACGACCCGCCAAUCCAGAGCAAAACAUUAUCACCAUGCUGCAAAUCUUUCCUUUGUAUUUGACAUCCUAUUCGGGAUUGGCAUAUGAAGCAUUCUUGGGCACCGUAUUAUCCAUCAAUGGCGGCUUGACCAUGUACAAGUUGUGGACCGAGAAUGUUCCGGAUGAUGUAUCUGAAAGAGACACAAGCCAACAUCGUCGUCGUGGUCACCGAUGGCGCUUUUGGUGGCGACAACGUUCUCGUAGCAUUUCAACAUCACAGCAUACAUUGGAUGCAGUUACCAAGUGGCCCAAAGUGAGCGAUGAGAUUAAUCCAGCCAAUGAUCCAUGGGAUAUCCAACAACAACACACCAUGAAUGGCAGCCAAAGCAGCUUAUUGACAGGGCAUGAAUCACGAUUAUCUUUAUCACCCAACACUGGAAUUCGACCUUGUUGCAUUCAUCCAACAGUAUUACGUGGAUUUGCAGCUGCACGUGCCGAUACCCUUCACAUGGAAAACGUCUUGUUGCUUGGUGAAGAGCAAUAUCUUGGUGUCGUCUUGUUGCGUUCACACCCAAAACAUCGCCUUGGAUUCGAGCCAGAAGCAGUUGGCUAUGUAACAUUGCCCACGCACAUUACUGCGCUUCAAGCAUUACAGUCUCGGAACAUGCGUACGACUUUGCACAAUCAACUUGAGAUGCAACGAGUCUCUUGGAGUUUGGGAUUUGGUUGCUGGGUGGUUUCCAUCACCAAGUUAUUCGACAUGUUGUUAUCGUUUCCUAUCAUCCUCUACCUCUACAGCGUCUACAUUCGAUUCUUUAUGCAAGUGGGUCGCGUUUAUACCAUCAUCGCUUUCAGCUUUACUUGUCUCGUGGUGCUUCACAUACUUUAUUUUAUUGUACGUCGACAAUUCAAGUAUGUGCUGUGGUUCAUUAUCUAUGGUCUAUUCUCGGUGCCUUUCUUUGCUAUUUGGUUCCCAAUUGUAGCUGUAUGGUGCAGUGAUUAUGCGGAGCGAUGGUACGAUGUAUGGCCGACAACAAGUAAACACCGUGGUCGAUCCCAUGGUAUUGUUGAUCACCCAGCAGACAAUGAAGACGAUGAUGCAACCAGUGAACACAAGGUGGAGAAUACACAAGAUGUUGUUCCAAGAAUGCGAUUGGGUGAAUAUGAAGCUGUUGAGGCGGAAAAGGCGUAUCAACGUGCUAAGGAGGAAGCUGCUGCUUUGGAUUCCAAAUUCACCGGGUUCACAGGGUUUGUGAGUGGUCGUGCAGGAAGCAUACAUUCUAUGGCAUCUACACCCUUGAAUGAUGACAACAACAGCAACAAUACCUUGCGAGUCAAAAAGAACGCACCAUCAGCAACAACAAUGCGUGCAGGAUCCCUUGGCAACCCAUUUGCAUCACCCUUGGAUAACCCAUUCGAUGAUGGUUACGCUGUGUAUUCAACUCAUACUCGACAUAAGCCAAGUCAAUCUCAAUCAUCUUAUCCCACUUGGUCAUCACGUGCCUCCAAUGAUGAUUAUUUUGUCCCGCCACCAUUACCACCGACAGCUGCUGCCAUGGCAACCAUCCCCCAUGAUACUGCUACCCAUGUUGCUAGUGACCGGCGUUCUAUUCGUUCAACAACAUCGAAUGCUAUUUCCCUUGCAGACUCCAAUCUUAGUCUUGAUCCUGAAAUUUCAUUGGAAACAGCGCGCCAUGACAUGUUAUCACCACCACAUGGAUUCGAUGAAGGAGGAGGAUCAUCAUCAUCAUCAUCAUCACCCCAACCACCAGAUGAAGAAGGACGUACAGCAGCAUUACAUGGUCGUGUAGGAUUGAAGAUUCCUGGUCAUGGUAUUAGUGGUUAUAAUGGCACGUCUCCACCAGCACCCUCUACAUUGCAUCAUCCUUCAAGCAAAUCGAUACGACGACGUAAAGCUACUCCUCCUGAACCAUCUCAACAAAGCAAAGAUGUGCUUUUACCAGUGGCAACAGCAACGGCAACAGCAAUGCAGGAUAAUAAUUCCAUCGAAGCUAUUGAACAAGAAAUUCGUGUGUUCCUUCAAGACGCUGAUCUCGACUCGAUUACACGUGCUCAAGUCAAACAACACUUGUAUAGCGUAUUUGGCGAAUUGCAAGAUGAAGAAUUAGUGCACAAGUGUAUCGAGGACAUUACUUUGGAAUUCCUAACGCGCCAAUCCUCUGUGAACCCUGACUAA